AUGCAGCGGCAGGAACAACAGCAGCGUCUUACGACGCCGCUGCGCGCGCCGCGGGGUGGCGGCGAUGGCAGCUACGUUCAGAUGUUUCUUGAGAAAACACCAGAAACCUUUGGGGUGCUUCUAAAGGACAGCCAAUCGCUGUCGCCAGCGCCGUGCUUCCCCAGCGACGCUGUAUCCCUCUUUGCGUCCCAGCAGCGGCAGGGGGAUCACCAACACACCGGCGCACCACCGAGUGACUGUCGCCCGCCAUCCUUGCAGCCUCGGGAGCUUUUUCAUGCGCCUCAACGACGCCACCAGCAGAAGCAACAGCAGCACGCGAGCCCAAGCUGUGGCGCAUACGACCAGCAAGGGGAUGGCGGGCGUUGCGGCAGCGGAAGUGGCAGUGGCGCCUCCAAUGAGUGGCGGGAGCGAACUGUGUCCUCGAACCCCAGGGCCUCUCGCGUUGGCGGCAAUACUCGUCCGCGCAAGCCGCUGCCGCCUGGAAACUCCCCCGACGAGGACCGCCGUCGCAGGCAGCGCGAGAAACAGAUUCAGUUUGGGUACGUCACGGACGGGUACACCAACAUGAAGCGGCUCAUCGCGCACGAUCCGCUGCUGAGGAGCGGUGGCAUCCUCCCGCUUUCACCGCCGGAGAUCGUCAAUGGCAGCAAGCGCCAGUGGGACAUUCAACUCCGCAAGUGGCGCAGAGCAUUGCACAUGUUCGACUACGUAUUCAUCGACGGCGAAGAUGACCCGACGACGCGGGCAAAGGUACUGGAGGAACAGCGGCAGCAGUGGGUAAGCGAGGCGCUCAACGAGAUGCCACGUGAGGCGCGACUGAAAAUCGACCUCGACACUCUGCGCCUUGUCCAGCACUCCGCUACCGUGCCGUGCAGGAUCCCCAUUGAGGAAGACCUGCGGUGCAUCUUGCGCAACGACGGCUGCUACGAGUCCCUCCGCAGCGUUGUACCUCAGAGUGCGUCGUCACUGACCAAAGGCACCGAUAUCAGCCCCAUCGAAGCGGGCAUCAAGAUCCACAUUGCGCCGUCAGCUGCGGUGGUGCAGCGGCAGCAGGCGCACCUUGAAAUGCAGCAGCGACUGUCCUCCCUUCAUCAGCAGGCGCUAGCCACAGAGGUAGCAGUGGGGGGGAAGGAGACGACCUCACACGUCGCGAGUGCCCCGCCAGUGCUAGCAGCAACGGCUCAGUGCGCAGAUGCCCAGCGACCCACCGAGCUCUCACCAAGUCCGCGUCGUCCACCCCUGCCGCUUCGGCCGACACCGCAUCAGCAGCACUGCGAUAACCCAAGAAACAAGCAAAACUGCAGUACCCUCAGUGGAAGCCCACUCUCGCAUGCCACUGCAGCGCCAACGUUCACGUCACUCGGCAACGCUGAGACGGCCCCGGGGCUCUCGGCCAGUCAACCUCGUGCCUUGUCCCUAUCGGGAAGCUCAGCAACGGGGUGGGGUGCUUCACCAGGUGCGCCUGGUGGGUCGUCCACAGUUGCGGUGCUGGAACCUCCCCUGUCGUUUUCCGGCUCUCCCCCCAGCGUCGCGCCGCACACUCGGAUGCACGGCGUAGCGGCACCACCACAAGCAUCAGCAGCAGGUGUCACCAUGCCAACGAUGGCACCGCCGAUACUGCCGUGGUGCACUCACUGUGGUCAUCGUGUUGACCUCCCAGCGCCGGGCAUCACCAGUGCACCAUACGGAGGCAUGGGUACGGGCACCGCCGUGGCUGCCGACCGAGUGCCGGCGCCAACCCAGAUGCGGCCACAGCAUGCAAGCCGAGCCGUCAUUGGAGGUACCUGUGAAGCAAUGAUGUCCCCGCUGAUGCAGCUCCCCAGUGCAAUGACGUGCAUGAACUACCCCACGGCCUCUACUGCGGCUACGGCGGCCACUUCCCCUCUGCACUGGUCAAUGCUGGCACGGCCGAUGGUCGAGGGGGUCGGAGGCAACGAGACUCCCGCCACCCACCAUGGCUGCAGCUACACUCAGUAUUGCCAGUUCGAGGCGUGGCAGGAUGCCUUCACAGCGAUGCCACGCUCCGCAGCAGCAGCCGUAGUCGGUAGAUCGUGCCUGCAAAAUGGGCACUGUCGUAGCAGUGGGGCCGUCGCUACGGGCGGCCGUUCGGCGACGCAGGCGGUGCCGCGGUUUGUCGCACGACUCUCCGCCUUGCCCAAUGAGCAGCGACUCGGUGAGCAACAGCCCGCCGAGCGCCCAUACAGCCCAGAUGGCGUCAAUGAUGGUGUUUUAGCGGCCACAAAUCCGCUUGCCACAGACACCAGUGCUUCAGUGGCAACGCCAGCGACGCUACAGCAAUCACCCUCGGCCUGUGAUGCUGCUGUCGCCACCGCACAGCUGGAGAAAAGUCAGUCUGUGUUGGCUGUCACUCCUGAACGGACGCUCUUCGGCGCUGGCAUCAUGAAAGAGGCUCCACCAGUGGUGGGAGGGGCACAGCGGCCACACGAAACACAGCAGGACACACCACUGGGCAAGCCAGUGCCAAUGCCGGAGGUCGAGGAGGCGCUGGGCAUUUCCUUUGUCUUUGACACUGACGAGUAG